GAAUGCAAACUGACGGAAAUAUUUUAUCUGCUUCAGAAGAAUUGAGAGCCCCUUCUUCACUUUCACCUCACACAGUCUGGAAACGAUUAUUUCCCCAGUCAACUACUCAACAAACACUGGAAAAUAUAGAUCAAAAUAAGAAAAAGGAUGUUGAAUGGAUAUCAGAUUUAUUUAAGGCCUCACUUUUCAGAGAAAGAACUUCUUUUAAUGAGUUACGAACAAGUCAGCUAAGUAAUAAACAAACACAAACUCUGGCUACUCUUGUUCCAGAUGAAAUAAUUUAUUUCAAGGAUUUAAACAAUAAGAGUAUAGUUUCUUUUGUUGGUGUGUUGUUAUUUGCAGACGUUUCUGGAUUUACUGCAUUAUGUGAAAAAUACAACACUUCAGGUAAAGGAGGAACAUACCGCCUCACUGCCACUUUAAAUGCAUACAUUGGUGCAAUGGUAGAAGUUAUUUACUCACAUGGAGGUGAUGUUCUAAAAUUUUCAGGUGAUGCUUUUCUUGCAAUAUGGAAAGUAAAACAUGACGAUUUCAUAUUUCAUAUGGUGCAUAAGGCCAUAGUAUGUGCUUUAUACAUCCAGCAAGCACUUGGAAGUUAUGAAACAGAUGUAAAAGUUCUUCUCAAAGUGAAGCUGGCAAUUUCUGCUGGAAAUAUGACAUUUUCAGUGAUUGGGGAUCAAUUAUGUAACCAUUAUAUAAUUUGUGGUGCUCCUAUUUUGGAUGUAAAGGCAGCUGAACAUCUAUGUUCAUCAGGUGAUGUAACCGGUAUUGUGUACAAUCCUGGGCUUAACAAGAAGGAAAUUAUGCAGAGAUUUACUCCUCUACGAGUUUUGCUAGAAACUAGUCAAGAUGCUUCCCAGAAAAGCGUAGCUGAGUCGCCCAGCGCUUCGACGGUUGUUGGCGUUUACCACCGCAGCGGCCUCAAACACCUCAUGAGACCCAGCGUAUCAGAAGCUUGUAAACUGAAGUUGGGAAGCGUUUUAAGGCCUUUCGUCAUUCCGCCCGUUUUACAGCAGGUGGAUGCAGAUCAACCCUUAGAAUAUCUGACAGAGAUGAGACAAGUUACAAUUAUGUUCGUUAACUUGAUACCGUUUGAAAUUAAACCAGAAAUUUUAGUUCAGUUAGUUGAUGAAGCUUACACAACUGUUUACAAUAAGAUAAGAAGGGGCCCCCUUGAGUCCUCUUCGGGAAAGAGAGGGGCCUACGGUGAGACCACCCUAGUUUCCCUUCCCUCUUACGGCACCAUUGCUGGUAGUGGUGGUGGAGGUAAUGAUAAAGAAGAAGAAGAAGAAGAAGAAGAAGAGGAAGAGGAAGAAGAAGAAGAAGAAGAAGAAGAAGAGGAAGAGAAUGAAAGGAUGACAGUGAAAAAUGAA